AUGCAAUUGCAUGAAGCUUUGUCAGACACCAUGAUCCUGUCCCUACCAACUCUGACUGUGCUUGUCCCUUUGCUGUCAUUGGCUGGUUUAUUUUACUCUGCAUCUGUAGAAGAGGAUUUCCCUCAAGGAUGCACAAGUACAGCAAGUGUGUGUUUUUACAGCCUCUUGCUUCCAAUCACUCUGCCUGUGUAUGUGUUUUUUCAUUUGUGGACAUGGAUGGGAAUUAAACUUUUCAGGCACAAUUAGCACAUAACUCUAUGGAAGGAGCUGCUUCUUUGUUAUAUUUAGAUUUCUGCAUUCACGGAGGCUAAAUGUUGAGAUACAUACUUGCCACGGCAUUACUGUAAGAGGUCAGCUAAACGUCUUCUUUUUUUGUUCAAGCUGCUUCUAGUUACUGUUUAAUUUAUAACCUACAUUUCUAUAAUGCCUGGGGCUCAUGACUGUUUGGGGUUUAUUGAAAUUAUGCCAAUUUACGGCAGUGUACAAUCAAUUUAUCAGCUUUACUACUGUAUAAAUAAACAAACAUCUUAACAUA